AUGGCAGUACUCAAUGUGAAGAACACUCCCGUCUCGGCGGAGGCUCGAGCUUACCACAAGGACGACUCGUCUGUGUAUGUACUGCCCAACGACUCACCAGAGCACGCCCGGCUGGAGAUGCAAGCCCGGCUCAUGGAAGGCCUCAUGUACGGCGAUGUUAUCCACGCACCGCUGGAGCCAGCUAAGGUCACUCGAUGCCUCGACAUAGGCUGCGGUACUGGAUACGUGACCAACGCGAUGGCUCGCAAAUAUCCAGACGCAGAAGUCAUCGGCCUGGACCUGUCUCCAGUGCCCAAUAUCCGGCAAUGGGAGCAGAAUGUGAAGUUUUUCGAGGGAAACGUCCUGACGCAGAUGCCGUCUGGAUGGAAAGCAGCUGAUGGGCAGUCCACACUCCCGCACAAUGACAGCCUCUUCGACCUGUGUUGGUCUCGUCUUUUGUUCAUGGGCAUGACUGACUGGCCAGGAUUCUUCAAGAAAAGUUUCGAACUGCUGAAGCCAGGAGGAUGGGCCGAAUGCCAUGAGAUGGAUGCUGUUUGGUACGACUCAAAUGACCAAGAGUGGCUAACCGAAGAGCAAUGGAACAAGCGGUUGGUCAAAGCUAUGGAAGCGCUAGGAUUCGAGCGGUAUGCGGGCUCAAAUGCCGCACGUAUAAUGAAAGAGGCGGGGUUUAUCGACAUUGAGACAGUUCAAUAUCGAAUGUAUUUUGGAGGAGGUCGUGAGCGGACGCCAUUCUUGAAAAAGGCUGGGGAAUUCUGGGCGAAAGAUGCCAAAGAGGUGGUACCGUUGAGCAUCAAGCGAGUCCUAUCGAUGACGGGCUCCAGCGAGGAGAAAAUAAAUGCGUUGGUGGAAGACUUUGAGCGUUCUCUCGUGCUGGACGUUGGCAAUUACUCGAUCGUGCACGUCACGUACGGUCGCAAGCCUGAGUAG